AGCCGGCUGGAACUGUGGAGCUGGGAGAUGCAUGAUCCUGCUCAAUCAUAUAACUGCUUUCAAGGAGGCUUAGUUCCUCUCAGUGGGAAAAAAGAAACAGUGUACUAUCAGAAACCUUCCGCAAUCCUUUUAUUUAAACAAAACAGACAACUGCAACAUGAGCUUUGUGAUCUCUGCUGGCGUUCACCCAAUCAGAUCACUCCAAAGCGGUCUUCCGCUUUCCACACAGGUUCAGAUAAGCACACACUUUAAACCUUAGCGGCUCUAAGGAGCAAAGUGGGGGCUGAAGUCCGACGGAGAUGAGGAGCCAGGUGUGAACGACGCCGCGUCCGUUUGGACUCUGAGUCUCCGACUGCCAACUUGCAUGGCUGUGUUUGUUCUGUGCCUCAAGGUGCAGUCAAAGUACAGCUCGAGUAAGAGUUGCCACAGCUGUCAUCAGAGAGAGUCGGUGACACUCAAAGCUCGAACUGUUACUGUGUCGGUCCAGCACUAGGGGCUUGGGUUUCUGGCCUCAGCGUUGACUCGCAGGGAGAUGUGGGGGAAGCUGAUGAUUACUGGGGUUUGGCUGAGAGCUCUCCUGCUCCCUGCGCUGUGCUUGAUGGGGGCUCACUGUGAGUUUCCCCAGGCCAAGAACAUCCACCUGCUCUACCACGAAGAGCUCAAACUGGUCCUCAACCCGGGUCUCCAAGAGUUCCCAGGGGACUGCUAUGACAUCUGGCGGGAUUCUGGGGGCCAGGCGCAGGAUGGGGUGUAUCUCAUCCAGCCAGCAGACUCCCUCGUCGUGGUGCAGUGCGCCAUGCAGGACGGGGGCUGGACCGUAGUGCAGCAUAUCACCGUCAACAGCACGGUUGACUUUGACCGCACCUGGGAUGAGUACAAGCUGGGCUUCGGGGUCCUCACUGGAGAUCACUGGCUGGGCAAUGAAUAUCUGCACCAGCUCACCCGUCGGCCUGGCCGCUACAAGUUGGGAGUGAAGCUGGUGGACAAAGACGCGGUCACCAAGACGGGCGAGUACGACCCGGUGCUGGUGGAAGGUGAGGACGCCCAAUACAGACUCCGCUUGGGGCUGUUUCAGGGCACUGCCGUGGACGCCCUCACUCAGGACACAGAGAACUAUCUGCAUGACAACCAGAAGUUUACCACCAAGGACCGCGACAACGACAACUAUUUCCAGAACUGCGCCAAGCUGGAAUUCCAGGGAGUGCCCGGAGGUGGCUGGUGGUACGAUUCCUGCGCGGGUGCCAAUCUCAACCGGCGGAAUGUCAUCUACUGGCAGAAGGACUGCAAUAAGGAGCAUCUCUGCAAGUAUGCCUGGAUGAUGGUGAAGCCGUCGGCUGCCGGCAAAGGCAUCAGACCUGGCAGCUGUCAGAAGGAUGAGCUGUGAUGAAAUCCGGCAUGAUGAAAAUCUGGGAGACGUCUGCUGUAGGGAGUAUGAACUGGCCAAUUAGGAGAGAGGGGGCAGGACAGUGAAUGGAUUCUAUAUGCAGCUCAAUCAAUAUUAUCGCUUAAUCUUUCCUGUCAUCAAGCCCAGGGUUUUAAUCGAAUUACUCCAGUUUUUGCAAAUUUCAUAUUUUAUGUAGGUCCAUAUUCCUAAUACACAUACAUCCUUAAGAAAUAGCCAACAUUACAAAUCAUUUAUUUCUUUUUUGUGGGGGGGGGGGGCAGUGAGAAUAUGUAAAGAGAAAUGUAAAUUCCUGAGAUGCCCUAAAGGUGAUGAUACACAAGGCAAGAUUUUGAGCAUGUUGCCAGGCAACUGCCAACCACGUGAGACAGAGGGCAACUCAUCUGCAUCUGAUCUGCCGAUCAAAGUUUUUCAAGUAGAAAACAAUUGCCCAAUAUCAAUGGAAAAGUGUCCACGCAGCAUUGCUCAAAAAGUUGCCCUGUAUAUCAUCACUCUAACACUGUGAUUACAUUUUUUGCUGAUAUGUACAAUUGAAGGGGGCUGACAUAUAUCUUGUCUUUUGAAUGUUUUAGCAUAACAACCAAGUAGCCAUUUUAUGUCAGUCACUUUCUGAAUGUUCCUGAGUAGGGAUAUUUAUAGCCACGUUCCUGUUUCACAUCAUAUUUUGUACAGUACCAAAGUCGGCAUAUAUAUAAAAUCAAGUUUGUUAUUAAAAGUAAUUAUAAUAUGUGAAACUGAGACGAGGUAACACGCUAAUGAUGUGAAGCCAGAAGGUACGUCUAGAAUAUUUUGACGUUUUGAAGGGCUGUAUAGAAGAACAAAAUCAGGCACACGGGUCAUAAGCCAAACUUUAGAACAAAGAAACCCAGCAUCGUGUGGUAAUUAAUACAGUUUUUUCUACUUUUAAGUAUCGCUAAGGACAAAAUGCUACAACAACAGAUUCAUUGUUAGAUUGAUCCAACUUACCUUCCUAUAAGAAUCUGGGGCGUUAUUGAUUCCACAGUCCUUAUGAUACAGUCAGAAGCAAUCAAACUGCAGGUCAGACCAGUGCGCCAUCAACCUAUGCUCACAUAGGUUUCCACAUACCUGAACCAGUUUCCAUUGCACAUACAUUCAAUCGUACAGCUACUUCUAACUCGAACCACUCAAUUUCCACAUUAACUGGUUUGUUUAUUUUUUUUAAAAAUCUGAAAAAUGCAACAUUCUGCUGCAAUUUUUACUAUUACAUUUUCUGGCCUCAUUUUCUAUCCUGAAUAUAUUACAUGUUAUUCUUCAAUAUGCAGAAAAGAAUGUACUUCACAUGGUGUGCUACUGUUAGAAGAAAAAGUUGUAUACAGGAGCCUAUUCAUGUGACAGACAUUUUACAACUGCACCUGUUAAAGGCUUUCAUGACAAAGAGUAAGCUCUUGAUAUGCAGAGUAGACACGAUCAGACUGUACAUAUACUGUAACCAUAGCAGAGUCAUACAUGCCAGUACAAAAUGUGGGUAAUAAUAGCAGGAGGAAGAAUCUGGUGAAUGUAACACAACUGACUGAAGCUCUGUCUAUCUGGGCCUCAUAAAGACCUAAUACAGGUGUUGGGAACAUCCAGGGAAAUGUUGAUCUUUUUUGUCUUCUCCAUGGAAAGAAACAAAAUAUAAAUGAGAAUCAUUAGUAUUGUAAGUAAUAAUAUAAUGUUACAUCAUCAAAACGUUUGAUUUGUCAUUGCUUGUCUAUUGACAAUUUUUUGACUCCUGUGUUUUUAUUACUGGGUUAACUCAUGGAUAACUCGUAUUGCAAGACAAUAAGAUUCAGCCUAGUUGCACUCUCAG